CGUACCCGAGCAGGAGGCACGAGACAAGACCACGGCAUGCCAAGCCGUGGGCCUCGUCCUCGGUAAAGCGGGACACACAAAGGAAUUCUGCUAAUCGCAGCUGUUUUUUCCUCGCUGUGUGCUUUUUUUUUUCGUUUUGCUCCUGUGGGCGAAGGAAUAGUGGCUUUGUGCUUCCUCCACUUGCCCUCCACCCUCCACCUCCACCAACCGGCUGGCCUCCAUCCAUCCAUGGGGAACACGAGCAUCACCGAGGGGAAGACGGCGGUGGCCGUGGGCCGCUCGUCAUUAGCCAGGGGCAAGACCACCAUUGCCAUGGGCAGCACGUCCAUCUCACGUGGCGUCACCACCACCUCCAUGGGGGACUCCACCAUCAAACGGGACAAGACCACCAUCUCGCUGGGCAGAGCGAGCUUCAGCAGAGGCACGACCACCACCUCCUUCCGGAAGGCGUUAAUGCCAAAGCGUAGGACCACUUAGGUGUAAGAAACAA